UACUCUAAUUUCGGAAUUAUUUUUUUUCAUUACGUCGAUUUUGCGAUAUCAUCUUUUUAAGGUUGAGUUCGAAGAAAAAUGUUGCAUGCCAAUGGCGUAUGGCACAGCUAAGCGUGAGAGGGUUAAUUGAAAAAUACUGUAUGACAUCGAGUUUUAAACUGUGCAUUUAGAAAAAAAAAGUUAAAAAUAUUUUCUGUAAAAAAAAAGUGUCAACAUUAUCGAAAUCCAUUGUGACAGAUAAACAGAGGGCGCAAACGAUAGCGAGAAAGAAAGAAAAUUUCACUCUGACAAUGAACUUCAUCGCGAUGAGUUUUUUAACGCAUUCAGUCGAUGAGAACAAGACACCAUGAUUUCUAAGGUAGUACCAAUCGCGAGAGAUCAAGCAUAUCGUAUGAAAGAAUCAGCAGUCAGGGCGAAAGCGUUCAGCAUCACUAAGCCUUAGAGAUUCCCUCACGCAGUCAAUAUAAAAACGUAUUACAAUAAAACAGUCAAACAAUAAAAAGAUAGCAUAUAAACGAAGAGCCCCGACGACAGCUUCAAACGUUACUGGACCGUCGUCCCACGAACUCUUAAUAACACGGACAAACCCGAGCCUCCAGGUGUCCCUGAAAAUGAAAAUCGCAAUAUUCAUAUUCCUUGCUAUCGUGGAUGGUAUACUUGGAGGUGGAGGCCACGGAGGAAAGCAUCACGUUCACCUCAAAAUUCACGUGCCGGAGAUAAUAAAGCAUCAUAUACAUACAAAGACGGUAUUCAUCCAUGUGCAUACUGGGGGUGGCGGGAAGAAAAAGGAGGCGCCGAAGAAGAAAGAAAAUCAUCUCGAGGAGAGUCAUCAUGAGGAUUACAGUUCAUGGAGUUCUUCUUACGAUCAUCAUGGUGGCCACGAGGAGAAGCACGGUGGUGGUGAUCAUAAGAAUCAGGUCGAAAUUAUUGGAAUGGGUCAUCUGGGUGGUCUUGGGGGUCACAAAAAUUCACAUCAGUCCAUAACGGAUACAUACAGUCCACCGGCUACAAUGAGCAUGGAAGAAAUUCAUGCACACUUCUUUGGCAAGCCGGCUGAGCAGAUAAUGGCGCAUCCUCAAAGUUUUGGAACACUUCAUGAUACUCAUCAAGGAUUAAUUCAGGGUGCCAUUGGUAAUCAUGGUGUAGUUGGUUACUCCCAUCCUCCUCAAUAUGCCGUUCACGAAACAGUUAACGAACUGCCUCAUAAUAAUCUGCAACAUUAUCAGGAUAGUCACGAGGAAGGUUAUCGUAAGGGAUUACAUUCGGAAACGGGACACGUUUAUUCUGACGAAUUGAAGAAAUUUUAUGACGAUAAACACGACGAGGCUGAUAUGAGUUUAAAUAAUUAUCAGGACGAAUUAUAUGACAAGAGUCACGCGCAAUACUAUGCUAACGAUAAUAAUCACUUCGGGAUGGAUGAUCAUGAUAGUUACAAGUACGCCGACGAUGAUCAUCUUUCGAGUUUACAUGCCAGAUAGGAGGCAGUGGUAACGGAUACGUCAGCAAAUUUAAUCGCGUGAAUCAAACUGGAAUUUUUUUGUUGUAACAAUGACUGAGCUUGACAAUGAUAAUUUUGACAAUUUUUUUGAAGCAUACUUACAGGUAGAUUGGUUAUCGUUCUUUCGGAGUGAUCGGUAGAUCGAUAUUGUUUCCAAUAGGGGCUGAUUGGGAUGCGAUAGACUUACAGCGACGUUAACCAUUGGUAUUUAGGUUUAGUUGUAUGAUCUAUUCGAUGUACAAGUUAUAGGAAUAUUUAAUUAUGUUAAUUGUAAGAGUCUUAGAAAUUUAUUAGACGCUCUUUAAGAAACGAUGGUAGUAUUAAUUGACUUAUUGGUUAUGUUCACUUUUGUACCUUUGUUUGUAAAUAAAUUUUCUAUCACCUAAUUCUACGAGAUGUAGUAUUUUUUUUUUCAAUUCAUCUGU